AUGAGACUAAAUGUCACCAUCUUCUUUGGGGCUCUCUUUGGUGCUUUGGGUGUUUUGCUGUUUUUGGUGGCUUUUGGAUCAGAUUAUUGGCUUCUUGCAACUGAAGUGGGCAGAUGUUCAGGUGAACAGAAUAUUGAGAAUGUCACUUUCCACCAUGAAGGGUUCUUCUGGAGAUGUUGGUUCAGUGGGUUUGCUGAAGAGAACAACUCUGAUAUCUGGAAGUUCUGGUACACCAAUCAGUCACCGUCCAAGAACUGCACACAUGCCUACCUGUCACCAUACCCCUUCAUGCGGGGCGAGCACAAUUCUACCGCCUAUGACUCUGCAGUUAUUUACCGUGGUUUCUGGGCAGUCCUGAUGCUACUGGGUGUAGUGGCUGCCUUGACCGCAAGCUUUCUGAUCAUCUGUGCAGCCCCUUUUGCCAGUCACUUUCUUUAUAAAGCUGGAGGAGGCUCCUACAUUGCUGCAGGUGUCUUGUUUUCCCUGGUGGUGAUGCUGUAUGUCAUCUGGGUCCAGGCAGUGGCUGACAUGGAAAGCUACAAAGCCAUGAAAAUGAAAGACUGCUGGGAGUUCACCCCUUCUGUUCUCUAUGGCUGGUCUUUCUUUCUGGCUCCUGCUGGGAUAUUUUUUUCUCUUCUGGCUGGAUUACUCUUUCUCCUUGUUGGGAGACAUAUUCAGAUACAUCACUAA